ACCCUGCAGUCCCCCCCCAUCUAGUGACACCUCGGGGCCCCUCCGAUGGUUACCUAGGACCGCCGGGUAGCGCCGAGUAGACCCGCUUUUCAGGCCUCGGGCUGGGCCAGCCCCAGACCGCCCCGCAGGUCCGCUCUCCCCGCCACAGACCUCAGAACGCCGGGCUCCUUGCGGACACUGCCCACAUCUCCUCCUUCUACACCUCCUCGGUGACUUCAUCCAGUCCAAGAGCUCAGACACACCUGUGUGCUGAAUCUGAGCUCCACGCUCCGACAUCCAGCAGCCCGUUUGAUUAUGCCACCUUGACGUCCUUUAGGCAGCUCAAAUUUAAGAUGCAGACAGGCGUAUGCAUGUGUCAGAACUCGGCGAAUGCACGCUUAAGAUUUGCGCAUUUUGCCUUGUAUGCAAAUUUUACAUCAAAAGGAAAAAGCUGGAAACAAAUGACAUGUGUGCUGAGGAAUGAAGAGGGAAGUGCGUUGAUGUCUGCAAUUCAGAUGCAUUACAAAAAGAGCAAGAAUGGAUGCUUUCACUGAAAGAAGAGGAAUAAAAUCUCUGAAGAAUGUCCUCUCAGGAAGAUGGGCAAGCUGUGAAUAAUCACCAUUUUGUGAUAUCCUAAGAGAAGAUGGGAAAGGGCUGUAAGGUUGUGGUUUGCGGCUUGUUAUCUGUGGGGAAAACGGCAAUUUUGGAGCAGCUCCUUUAUGGGAAUCAUACUAUUGGAAUGGAGGACUGUGAAACAAUGGAAGAUGUGUAUAUGGCUGCAGUGGAAACAGAUCGGGGAGUCAAGGAACAGUUACAUCUUUACGACACCAGAGGCCUACAGGAAGGCGUGGAGCUGCCAAAGCAUUAUUUUUCAUUUGCUGAUGGCUUUGUUCUUGUGUACAGUGUGAAUAACCUUGAAUCCUUUCAAAGAGUGGAGCUUCUGAAGAAAGAAAUUGAUAAGUUCAAAGACAAAAAAGAGGUGGCCAUUGUCGUGUUAGGAAACAAAACGGACCUUUCUGAGCAGCGACAGGUGGACGCCGAAGUGGCACAGCGGUGGGCCAGGAGCGAGAAGGUGCACCUGUGGGAGGUGACAGUCACAGACCGCAAGACCCUGAUCGAGCCCUUCACCCUGCUGGCCCGCAAGCUCUCCCAGCCCCAGAGCAAAGCGAGCUUCCCUCUGCCUGGGAGGAGGAGCAAAGGCAACUCCAGCUCUGAGAACUAAACCCUAGGGUGCACAACUGUCCCUUGAACGGUGACCGCCUCGAGGUGUCUGUGAACUCAUGUAAAACAGGCCGUUUCUGUCUGUCUACCUUUGGUCCUUAGGAAGCCCCUAGGGAAGUAAUCUAAUGCACUUUCAGUUAUAAUUCAGUUACUGCUGCCUGACAUGAAGUAAUAAUAUAUUUGCAUUCUCCUUGUUUCAGACUUGUCCUUAAAAUUAGCACCUUUGUUAUCUAUAUUAUGUUGCAUUUGUCAAAAAAAUAAAAUAAAAUUUGGGUGGUAUGCACAUGUA